GUUGGAUAUCCAUCGAGUGGAAUUGGGAUUGCACGCCGCUGCAGGUUCAGUUCGGCGUCAUGGCCGACGUGCUGCGGCCGCUUGCCCGUUACUGGUGGGAGGACACGUCGUCGGCGUCACCAUCAUGGAAGCACCUCCUGUACGACGACUGGGUGCGGAAGGGCAUGGCCAAGACCCCCACGCACGGCACGCUUCAGGCCAUAAACGUUGACGCCUUGCAGCCCGGUGUGAGCUUGCAGUCAGCGUUGGGCAUGUUGAACACCGCGCCCGUCGUUCUCUUAACUGCACUGGGCGACUUGGAUACAGGAAAUGUGCGUUGCAAAGAGUGGAUGGCGCAGUGCGUGAACGAAGCGAAUGUGGCCUCGCUCGGUCUGCUAACAGGCGCGAGGGGCGUUGCGCUGAUGCUGGACACCUUUUGCGGCGCCCACGUGUUGAACGCUUCCUCUGACAAGGCGUUUGGGAAAAGCAAGCUGCUCCCCAAGCUUCACGCCCUCUCGUUUACUUUCAACUCCCUGAAGUAUUACCGCGUGCUCCACAACGCAUUGCGCCACGUGGUGGCCAGCGACCUGGCUGCCGGGAGCGGUUUCUUCCCUGGCCAAAGCCCGCCGCCGCACUUCAGGCAGCGCAACCGUCGAGUCCUCGAAGCUACCCUCCUCCGGCACCUUGACACUCGCGGCGGCGGCCACAGAGUUCCCGGCAACGAUCAGAAUAAGGAGAGUGACGAGGAUGUGGCAGCAUUGGGUACGGCGAUAUUGGACUUCUUCAACGGCGACUGGAGUAUCUCGGGAUUGCAGCACUGGUGUCAUCAGGAAGGGUGUUGCGGCAACAGGAACCACGAGAUAACAAUAGACCGCGCCAUGGCCCUUAUCGAUGCGGCCGUCCUGCACCCCAUCAGCCAACGGGUUCCGUCCUUGAAUCGGUGGCAUACGUGGGGCCCCAGUUGCGAGGGCGCCGCCCUCGGAGUCCUCUUAUGUCGCAUCCUGCCUCGCGCGGUCGCAGCGGCCCCUUCUAGUAGCGAGAAUGACGAGCAGGGGGGCGACGGCGAUUCAUGGACGGCGUAUGCGACACAGAAAGCGCGGGCGUGCGGUGAGUUCAUGGCCGAUGACAGGACCCCCGCCUUGCUCGCCGUCUCCGUCGUGGCUUCCGAAGCGGUGGACAAGUUGACAAUGGGACUCCAGCACGACGAUGCAGUGGGCUGCUCUGUGUCCGACGCGUUCCGGGAGGACGGCGGCAGCUUGGGGCACUGCCAGCGCCACCUUUUCCUGGUGAACAACCCCUGGCACGACCAAGUCACCGACCGAACUUCGUGGCCACUCCGCAUGCUGAUGGACCAGUUCCCCGAAUGUGAGCACGGAUCUAUCCUUGAUUCGUUGAUGUCUGCGUGCAUGUACCUCGGGAGCCAGGUGUGGGCGCGCCUGGAGGUGCCCAUGCAGGCGCCCGAUCGCAGGCUGAUGAUGGCCAGCUAUGCGGACACAAAGCCCUUGGAGGAGUUCUACAGGGCGCCGCUGUGCUGCUUGAGCGAGCAGUUCGGGGAGCCGCUGAGGGCUCGCUUCGACGAGGAUGACUG